AUGGCAACUCCCGCCGCUCCAGCUCUUCUCCCCGUGGCACCGCUCGGCCACCACCCGGCGGCGAGUUCCGCGUCUCCGGCCACUCACUCACCGCCACCUGCGGCCACCUCCGCUACAUCCUCCCCGGCUCCUCCAGCUGCGCGUCCGGCGCUUCUCCACCAUUUCCGGGCGGACCUCUUACUCGCGAACGGCACACAGUUGAAGACCGGAGUCGGCGUGGUCCCGGUGUCCGGCGGAGGGAAUAAGCCGGUGUACGCCACACCGUCCCCGGUGGAGAGCACCCCGCAGAACAACGAGUGCCGACUGGUCGAGGUGAAGGGAGCCAAGCUGGCAUCAUUCACCGUCAAAGACACGGAGCUCAUUUGCCUUCCGCAGGCCUUUGACGUGUUCCUCAAGCACCUGGUCGGCGGGCUCCACACUGUCUACACUAAACUGAAGCGACUGGACAUCACGCCGGUGGUGUGUAACGUGGAGCAGGUCCGCGUGCUCCGGGGACUCGGAGCAAUCCAGCCCGGCGUCAACCGAUGCAAGCUCAUCUCCAGGCAGGACUUCGAAACGCUCUACAGCGACUGUACCAACGCGAGUUCACGGCCCGGCCGACCGCCCAAGAGACUGCAGACGGUGACUGACGGCGGCGCGCACCACAUGCUGUCCCACGGCAGUCUGAUGCACGCUGGGAUCAUGCCUCCUGCAGAUCUGUCUGCUCUGGCCAAGAAGAUCAAACUGGAGAUAGGUGGUUACCACAGCAACCAACAACAUGGCUGCCACAACGGAGAAAACGGUGACCACAGUCCUGGAUUGGUUCUGGACCAGUUGCCCUUCAUGAUGAUGUCACAUCCCCUGAUCCCGGCCAGUCUGGCACCGGCCUCCGUUUCCAUGGCGAUGGGCCAGAUGAACCGCCUGAGCACGCUGGCCAGCAUCGCCAACAUGGCACAGCUCCACCAUGCCAACCCUGCUACCCGGCCCCCUGCCUCCGUCAUUAAGGAGCGAAUGCACGACGACAGCCCCUCCCCUUCGCCCUCGCUGGAGGAAGCCCAGAUCUCGUCCAAUCACAGCAGCAGCGUGUCCAGUUCGCCAUCUCACACAGACCGGGCUACAGAAAACACACAUCAGCACCACGAUGGCGUCACAUUAAGUCACUGUGUGUUGGCGCAGUCGGAGGUCAGGGAGUUGGACUCGAUGGAAUACGGCAAGGAAAGCAUAAGAGGGCGCAUUGAAAAAGAAUCCAACCCGCUGGCCGGUGAUAGACAAGUGUACCAGCACCCCCUGCCGAGCAGGGAUGGCUGCGAGAAGGCGCCGUACCCCGCGGGACAGAAGCUCCCAGCAGGUCUCCACCACGCUCCCUUCAUCUUCCCGGAAGGCUUGUCCUCCAUAGAGACCCUGCUCACCAACAUCCAGCAGGGUCUGCUGAGGGUUGCCAUAGAGAAUGCCCGAGCGCAGGAGAAGCAGGACCACCUGGAGAGGACCGAGCUGAAGAUGGAGCUGGUGAGGGAACGAGAGCUGCGUGAGACGCUGGAGAGGCAGCUGUGCAUGGAGCAAAAAAACAGAGUUCUCAUCCAGAAGCGAUUGAAGAAGGAAAAGAGAAGUAAGAGGAGACUUCAGGAGGCCUUGGAGGAGGAGGUGAAACUUCGAGAUCAGGCAGAACACAGCUUCCUGCAUACAGCACAUCAAUCAUCAGCGGCCUCUCUCCUGACAGAAUCUGUGACCCAGGACGCAGACGUCGUCAAGCUGGAGGACGACAGGGUGGAAGCGAAGACAACGAUGCAAGAAGGCCGAGUAUUCCUGCAGACGGCUGGGAUGUAUUGA